AUGAAUCUGAGCUCAGCACAUUGUAAACUACUACAACGGGUAUGGAGAGAGUUGCGCGAGGAGAAGUUGAAGCAGAUCGAGCGGCCGACCUCAGUGUAUUCGUUCGAGGAGGCGGCCAGUAGCUCCGGAGACCCUUUUAUGGCCUUGGAAUGUCCUCUGAACCUCAACUUAUCGAUUGAUCCUGAUCAACACACGCUAUAUCAGAUUGUGCUCGGGUUUGUUGACAACGCUGUCUGGGAGUUGAGAAGCAGAGAGUUCCGGCUGCGACUUCGAGCACACUGUCGACGCUUCGGCCGACAAAUGGCGGCGGUCUUCCGAGGCACAGCAGACCUGGAUCAAUCCCUAUCAUGGGAGCUACUGGGCUUAAGCCAAGUGCUGGAAGGCAUGAUCAGCAGUAGCCGCACGCUAAACCCAUCACAUCAACAGAGUUUUCGCCGCAACGCCACGAAACUCAUCAUUUGGCAACUGUUUCUGGAGAACCUCUCCACGAUGGUGUUCGAAGCGUUCUGCUGGAGUGUAGCCCGCGACUACACGCCCAACCCAUUACCAACGAUCUAUGAGGCCGACCCGAAGUUGUGUUUCCCACAUCGUGUACAUUUUCGACAGAAAAUCCCACUUUUGAAGCGACUAUUGGCCAAAUUUGUUAGUUUUACCAUGGUUUUGAUGUUAAUAUAGGGGUUUUUGGAAGGUGUUUUAGAGAUAUAGGUUAAGAUAUAGGUCUUUUAUAGCCAUGUGAGUUAAGAUAUUGCGUUUUACUAGCCCCAACGCUUACCAAAAAACCUUAUUAAAAAAAACGGACCGGUUCACAAAAAAAAAAUUUUUUUGAAAAAUGACCACAGGGGGGACCAAGCUCAAUUUUUAGAAAUUUUUUUUCGUUUUUCACAAUUUCAAAAUUUCAAAAUGGCACACCAUGGCCUGUUUCAAAACAUAUGGCCAUGUAAAAACUACAAAGUUAACUUUUUUACUGUGGUUAUUUAUUGCCGGAAAGAUGGAUGAUUAACCAGAGUUACAACAUUUGUAGCACUUCAAAGGUUUUUAUGCCCAUUAUGUUGUUAUAGAUAGGUCUUUACGAGUUUGACACUUUGUACUUUAGGAGAACAAAAAAUCCUACCCUUAUCUUAUCCUACUCUUUUUUUACUCUACCCUAGCUUUUACCACACCCUGUCCCUAAAAUUUGGAGUGGGGCUAAUAAAAUUUGUCAUAUUAUUCUCCCUUUGGCUUUCAAAUUCAGCACAAAGUACAAAAAAUCUUUUAAAUUUGACAUUUUUACGGUAGAAAACACUACUUCUUGAAUCGCCAACGGCGUUGUGCAUACAAAAUUAGACAUGCAAAUGAGUUACGUAAUAAAAAUGCAAAAUUUUUUUGAAAACACAGCUUCCUGGUCCUCUUAUAUUAAUCCGAAUGAACUCAAAAACAAAAAUUUAUUAGAUUGUGUAAAAAGUAAUGAGCUACUGAAAUCAAUAUUUCUAGCAGAGACAUAGCUCAUUAAUUUUUAUACAUACAAGCUAAUAAAUACUUUUAAACUUUUUUAGCGUAUUUUAGGGAAUUUAGAAGCUCACAAAUGUUUAAAUUGUCAUUGCCUUAAGCAAAAUUCAUAGGAAUUUCAAAAAUUCAAAAAAAUUUCAAAAUUUUAAAAAAAUUUGUGAAAAAGUCCGGAAAAUUAAAAUUUUUAGAAAAUUUUAAAAAUUAUCAAAUUUAAUUUUCAAAUUUCGAUCCUUAACUAAAUUUUUUCGAAUUUCAGAGCCGAGGUGCCGACAAAGAACGGGGAAAGUCAUGCUCGCGAGGUGAAGGUAUGGGAGCGGCGCCAUUCUCAGCUCGGUUUGUCCGGAGCCGCACAUUUUGUGCCGAAGAAUGCUGA